AUGCCACUCAUUUGGGACGACAAUGAAUGGUUGUGGUUGAACGAUGAAAAACCAUACAAUAAAAGCCAAUAUGUAGUGGCACGAAAACUUUGUGUCAAGCAAAAAAUAUCUCAACAUCGAAAUGUGUCUAUUCCAGAAUUCUCGACCGAUCAAAUUCGUCGUCACCUUCGGAAAUUUGGUGAGAUCGAGUCCAUUAAACUGCCACUCAAAAAUGAUCCAGAAGCACAUGUUACUUUUGCCAGCAGCCAAAGCGCAUAUUUUGUGAAAUUGCAACAUGAUUAUGACAAGAAAACGAACAAAGAUCAAGCGUAUGAAAUCGAACUGGCCGAUUCAUGGGAACAACCACCAGAAACAAUCAACCAACCGCCUGAAGAUGCGAUGGAAGUCGAUGAUGAGCAAACAUCGAAGAUAUUCAUGUUGAACGAAAAGUGUCUGCUGCACUUGUUCCAGUUUUUGGAUCUCGAUUCACUUGUCAAUUUGGCCGACGUGUGCAAAAUGUUCAACCGAUUGCUGCAUCAGCACUGUUUUCCAUGCAUUCGAAAAUAUGAAGUGACCAGUGGCCCGGAGUUUGUUCUGAGCAAGGUGCGUCGAACGUUGCUCUGCAUUGGAAAUCAUAUUACUGAUUUAAAAUUCAAAGCCGUUUGUGAUUAUAAGAAAAACUACACAAAAGAUUCUGUCGGUCGCACAUCAAAAUUCUUGAGAGUAAUCGCACAGAACGUAGGUGUCAACGUUCGCCGAGCAUCUCUAUCAUUCAACUUUAAAGCAGACAAUCGCAUCAAGGCAAUCGCACCAAUUCUCCGAACUUUGGAAUCGUUAGAAAUUGAGGAUAGAGAGGGAGAUAUCUACUAUGACAUCGAUUUUCAGGCAUUGUGCCCAAAUUUGAUCGAUUUCACAGUGAAUAUGGAAAUGUCGAUGAUGGCUUAUUGCAAACCAUGGCCAAGCCUGCGCAGUCUCUCAGUGAAGCGAAAUAUGGAAUCAUGUGAACAGACAUUGUUAUCGUUUGUUCAACAAAAUCCACAGCUCACCUGCCUCAAACUUGGAUAUAGAAUUACUUUCACGAUUUCUUUCACAAAAUAUCUAACGAAUCUCGAAAAGCUAUCGAUUUUUCUGUAUAACGACGAAUGUCGUAUUGCCGAAGACUUUGAUGGUACUGGAACACUUCCGUCAUUGCGUAAAAUCAAAAUGGAUGGAUUGGACGGUUGCAAUUUGAAAGGCGCUAUUGAUCAACUAUCGACGCUACAAAAUUUGCGCAAAAUCAGUCUGUAUAGUUAUAGCUUCGAAGGCUCAGAAAUAAAAGACUACUCGGAAUCUUUGGUAAACUUGGCAAAAAAACUGCCACUUUUGGAGCAGUUGAAUCUACGCGGAAUACCAGUCAAUGCAGAUAUUUUAGUCAACAUCGUUCUCGUUGGCCGCCAGUUGAAAGUGCUGCACAUUUACAGCUGCCAAUUGGAUUUCUCCGAUGAAUUGAUCGUCAAAUUGGUUGAAACAUUGAAAGUCAGUCGAAAAGAAACCGGCGAUGCUUUGCAAUUGUGCUUGGGUCAGAAGGAUUUGGACAAAUUGGACGCGUCCAAAAGCAAAGCAUUUGAACGUUAUCUUCAUUUGAAACUGAUCAAGUAUAAACAGAAGCUGAUCUAA